UGGUUCUCGUAUCAGCCGUUUUUUACUAACCGCCUCCACUGAACUUCUGACCUUUGUCCAUUUUGGCUCGAAAGAUUAGGCCGUAUCAUAUUAGUGUUUAUCAGGGCUAUCAACACUGGAUAUACCGCGCAAAUCCAAUAGAUUUAAAAGUGGCCAAAGGCUGCGCCUGUGGUGAUUGAACAAAGGAAAAACCGGUUGCCACGGGAAUCGGAAAACACAUCGCGUGUGAAAAGAGUUGGAUCAGCACAGGUGCCGAUUGAUUUUCACCGAAUAUUGCCACGCCAACAGCAGCGGAAAAUAUGCAGGAGGCCUACGUCAACAUCAACUCUAUUCCCACCCACAUCUUCACCUGGGGCAGGUGGAUAGAGGAGACCAUACCCGAGAAGGAGAUCGUUAUUUGCAUAACCGGUAAUCCCGGAUUACCUGGUUUCUACACAGAGUUUGCAGGCACUUUGCAGAAGGAACUGGGCGAUCUUCCAGUUUGGGUGAUAGGUCAUGCUGGUCACGAUGAUCCCCCAGAGGCCAGUAUUCGGGAGGUACCCCAACUUAGCGGCAACGAGGAGCUCUUUAAUUUAGAUGGCCAAAUCAAACACAAAGUAGCCUUUAUCGAGAAGUAUGUGCCAAAUGGUGUGAAAAUCCACUUGAUUGGGCACUCCAUCGGAGCCUGGAUGAUACUGCAACUGCUGGAGAACGAGCGGAUACGGAACCGCGUUCAAAAGUGCUACAUGCUGUUCCCCACUGUUGAGCGGAUGAUGGAGUCGCCUAAUGGUUGGGUCUUUACCAAGGUUGCCAUGCCCCUUUACUCGGUUUUUGGCUACAUCUUCUUCAGCUUUUUUAACUUUCUGCCUGUUUGGCUGCGCCUGAUGCUGAUACAGAUAUACUUCCUGAUCUUCUCCAUUCCACGGCAGUACCUCGGCACCGCACUGAAGUACUCCAAGCCCUCUGUUGCAGAAAAGGUUGUUUUUCUGGCUGACGACGAGAUGGCCAGAGUUCGCGGCAUCCAAAGGGAGAUUGUGGAGCAGAACCUAGACAUUCUGAAAUUCUACUACGGCACCACCGAUGGCUGGGUACCCGUCUCCUAUUACGACCAGCUCAAAAAGGAUUAUCCUAAGGUGGAUGCUCAACUGGACACCAAAAAGAUCGCCCACGCCUUCGUCCUGCGACAUUCGAAGCCCAUGGCGGGAAUCGUGAGGGACAUGAUCCAGCAGCAUCGACGGGGAUGAGGUCAAAAAUUUCCCUAGCCCAGACUAUCAGCCCUGUCCAGAUAGACUUGGAAUCAGGAUAGGGGAUGAACGAACCAAUAGCAAUUCCUCCACUGCCUUUGUGUGGCAAUUAGUUUGUUUUUAUUAGUAUCUUUUGAAGCUCUCGAAGAAAACUCUAAAUAUAGUCAAAAGUGAUUUAACCUG